AUGUCGGAUAUCGGGGAUGACAGACCGGCCAAGAGGCGGAAGAUGGAAGGAGAGGGCCAGCUGCUUGAACAUGCUCCCAGCCACAACACCCUUACUCCCGUCCUUUCACAACCAGCCGACGCAGGGGACGACGACAGGACUGUCCAACUGCGGUGGGUUAAGCCUUCGGCAAUCCGGCUGAGAGCAGGCAAUUUCCCGGUGAAGGACGAGGAAAAUGGCGACGGGGAAGAUGACGUGCCUGAACUCCCACCUAGGCCGUGGAGAACGAAUCAAGCGUUCAACGCCGUGGAAGAACCGAAACCGUCACACCGAUCUCGAGUCAACAUUCCUGUUCCUAACACACCGGAUUCGAUAGAACUCCCCUCUGCGGUACCUCAUUUUGUUCCCAGGAAACCCGCGGGCUUCUUUCCGUGGACUGGGAAACAUGCCGAGGACGUUCUGAGCGACACGAAUGUCAAGACGGGCUAUUUCGACAAACCGCCAAAUCCGACAGAGAAGGAGCUGAACACCGCGCGUGUGCCCCUUUACAACGCAUUCAAGCACAAGUCGGGCGUCGACAGCUUGUCCGUCUUGUUCUCGCUCGUACUCGACCAAAAGAGCCUCCACGGCACGACCAGUUCCGUCUCGACUUUCAAACCGCCCCCACGUGUCACAUUGACCGAAGCGAAGCGAAAGUCGUGGAUAGCAGAUUUGGCCAAUGCGGAUGUUCCACUGAGACGGUUGAGCAGGACCAUUCCCCAGGGUAUCAGGGGUCAAGCUCUUUUGGAUCAAUGUUUGCAGAGUGAUGUUCCCCUCAGCCGCGCGGUUUGGUUUGCAAAGUGCGUUUGUGCAAACGAAAUCCGGACUCUGAAACGCAAAGGGACAACUCCUACUGUUGCCGUCGGCACGGAGGGCAAGUGGCUGCGUGAAUGGACUGUCAGCGUGGAGCAAUUUUUGGAAGCACAUCUUGCACGGAGCAGCUCGCCGGAUUGGAAAACAAACAUUCAAUAUGCCUUGCGGCUUACCACCCGCCUCUACUUGGAGAACCUGCUGGAUCGGGAUCACUACCUGGACUGGAUUCUGCGUUCUCUUGCUUCGGCUGAUGUCGGCCAUACCCCGUUCUGGCUGAUGGUCACUCACAUUUACAAGCAAGAUCUGAGCCAGUAUCGAAGAAGAGGUAGCAGAUUCGUCGAAGCGCUCAUUAACAAGUUUCGCCCCGUGGACAAGAUCCAGGACUCGACGAUAGCUCCGUUGCGGCUGAAAUUGCGUGCUGCAUUGCGUGAACUCCUGUUUGCACGUUCCGCCCUGUUCUUGAUGCCAGAUAGGUGGCCAGAGAGCAUGGAGAUCAUCAAAGCUUGUCUUGACCAAACUUUGCCGGCUGAACGCCAACUUUUUGAUGGACUCAAUCGCAUCAACGAGAGGGCGAUGGGCUACAACAAAGCGGAGAUUUCGUCGACUCGAGCGCCUGACCAAGCCCUAGUGAACAUUCUCGACUCAGCUCGAGUACCCUACAACCUGACGGAUCUUGAAGCUACUCUGAAGACAGCCUGCUCUGAUUUUUCACUUCUUAUACAAACCUGCCUCGAAUGGUCAUGUACCCGAUUUCGCUGCUCCAGGUCGCGGGUAUACCUCAUCACACGCUUGGUCAAACGUUGGCAACGGGAGGGCCUCGAUGUGGAUACUGCACUCCUCAAUUUCCUGUCGGCCUACAAAGAGAAAAGAACCACUGCUGAUUCUCAAAACUUGAGGCAUUUGAUGGCGCAGUUGUCCCGGUCCGAUUGUUUCAACAUCAGCAGGUACCUGCAAUGGCUCAUGGUGAGAGGCCUCCCAAAACAUGGAACAGUCCGUAUCGAUACAAGUGCUAUCUUUGGAUCAGCUGCCGGAACUUGGCAUGAGGACGCCCCUGAAGCUACUCACUUUCUGCUUGACCUGUCCUUGAACAAGGCAGAGGAUCACAUUGUCAAUCUGAGGCGGGCAAUCCUCGAGCGCGCCAGCUUCGACCCCAACUCCGAAGAGGCCGCUUUCAGAAAAUGUAUACGUUUCGUCGAGCAGGGGCUAGCAGGUCCCAACUCCGCGUCAUCUUCUCAAACACCAAGCGUCACCGAGCCCGCUUUUGAUUUACUGCCAUGGACCAUACGGACGAGGAUCUCUAUGUGGCUUCGUGCUCGAGCUCUCGAAGGUGCCAAAGCCGAGCAAACCGGCCCGGCUCUCCCUGGAUCUAGGGUCUUGAACGAAGGGCAAUUCUUUCUAAUUCGGCACGUUCUUGAAAGCAUGGAUGACGAGGCAGUGCUGGCUGAUGUGGUUGGCAUCUUGUAUACCUCUAAAAACGAUGACCUGGUGGCGUCGCUUGUCGCAACGAUCCAUUUUCAUGCGGACGCCUUUUCUGCCAUUGGCGCGCUAGAGUUUCUACAGAAGCAGAUGUGUCAAGUCUAUAUGACUUGGCGGCCAACGAAGCCGACCAUGCCCCUACUUACUUCAACAUUGUUGGACCUUUGCACCGCUAUCCCGUCGAAGAUGCCCACGAUCAAGCUGCUACAGCAAGACCUAGUUAGGGGCGAUCGUGGUCGGGCAGUUGCGGCUUGUUCACCGUAUAGUGACGGCAUUGCCGAGUCUUUGCAGCAGGCAGGUGCUACCUUCGUUGAGGACUUCGAGGCCAUAUUGCAGUCGGAGACCAACAUGAAUGAGCAAACUAUGAAUGGCCUCUUCUCGGUUCUGGUCGAUCGCAUUGAGAAGCAGCAGAAAUUUGAGGACGACCCCCACACGACCCUGUCAUUUUGCCAGCUUUUGAGCCGGCUCCGUCUCUGUCGCAGAGGCCAAGGAGAUCUGCUCAUACAGAAAUGGAUGUCACGAGUCUUACCUCGCCUGGACUCGAAGUGGGGCCCACUGCUACUUCGAAGUCUUCUCUCGACCGGGUGCAUAACCUUCGACGCCCUGCUAGGAGCAGUCGCCACGUCUAAGCACGGAACGCGACGGAACGUGGCGUUUGCUUCCUUACUGUACCAGAUCCUGGCACCCACCAAGGGCACAGCACCAGAUUGGGCGGCUUAUCAGACGCGAACCAGAUGGUACGGGUACGUGCAGCGGGAGCCCAAGACCGUCCUGGAGGUCCUCUGCGAAGCUGGAUUGCAGGGUUUCUCGCCAAAAUUCGAUUCUCUUCUUCUGUCCCUGCUUGUAAAUGGCAGCCCUUUGAGCUCGUCCGUCCUAUCCGGAGGGGUCAGGCAAUGGUUUCUCAAAACACUCAGUCGUUCAUUGAACUGUCGUGACGGGGAAUUGACCGCGACCGACUUCCGAGCCCUUUUCCGGACCAUGAACAUUUUCUCGCAUCCUUACGUUCAGCUGCGUUUGCGAAGCAUGCCAGCAAGCGCUGCGGAGAAGGACCUAGGAGCAAAUCACGACGAGUUGGCGGAUGUUCUCUAUGCGUCUCUGCAAAAUACGAUGCCAACAUCAGCUCGGUCCUCGAGCAAAGGGCAAGACCGGCGAUUCGCCCACUUUCUUCAGACUGUCGGUCCAGAGGUAGCCUCUUCGAUCCGGCAUAGGGUGGAGAAUGAGUUUCUGGAGGCAUCGCCGAAGUUGCCGCUGGGUAAAGCAACGAGUCCUUUGACGGCAUCGUUCCCGGGCGAGAUCCAGCAGCUUGGCUCUAUCAUCGAGCGCGCGUUCCAGGUCUGCAGGCAAGACACCGUGCCGAGCGCUGGGUUCAUGUCUCAACUGAUCGAUAGGUUAUCUCAGUACUUCAAGUCGCUAGCUUUUGCUUCAGUGGCUCCAAGCACCCCAGUCACCACGGGUCACCCAGCGAUUCCUGGGCUCUCCGCGCCUACCGCAGCCACGAACGCCUCUCAGAUGGUGGCUGCACCUUCUACUCCAACCAUCAGCGCAUCAGAAAAUGGACCGAGUGUCUGUUCAGUGCCAUGCUUGAGCUAUCUGAAGUAUAUGCUGCAGAUGGUGUGUCUACAACGGCCAGCAUUAAUCCUAGCUGGGAGUACUGGACCGAACUCGAAACAAGGUCAGUCGGAACAGGUGCAACUUGUGGUGCGUCUCGCGUCGAUUGCAACACAUCCAGCAAUGGCAGCGGCAUCAAAGCAGCAUGGGAACAAAGAGCAGCAAGCUCUGGCCAAAGAUGUGAUUCUCUCAAUGUUUGACAUUAUCGCCACGAUUGUCGACGAGGUCAGCGACGAAGUCAACAUGAUGUGUGCGAAACUGCUGAAGGACAAAUUCCACGAUGGACGCAUCCGCUAUUUGUUUGGCAGUAUAAACAUGCUCGGAUCUGCACAAGUGCAAGACACGGGUCAAGGGCUACAGCUGACGAAAGAAGGCAAAGGGAUCAUAGGGGAAUGGAGACCUCGAAUGUGGGAAGUGCUGAAUAAUGGCAGCGGCAAGGAGACCGAGACGUCUCUGGGACUGGGACUUUUUGGAGCUCGGUACGGGUAG